AUGGCUUUCGACUGUGUCGGCCCAAGGAGGCGACGUAGUGUGAAUUCACACCUCCACCGGCGGCCGCUGGGGAGACGCUCAGAGCCAGUCACCUUGCAAAAUGCUACGGUAGCACAAGUAACAAUCUAUCACGAUGGAGAGUGCCGCUACAUACCAUUACUCCGCGACGUUGUUGGGCGACCUAAUAGUAAUACUUCAGACCGCAUCACUGCCAAAGUAGACACCAGCCUUUACGGUUUGUCUUCCGAAGAAGCUGCGUUCUUUAAAGCGCAAAUUGGUAUCGAUGAUGACGAAGACUUGAAGAGGCAUAUCCUGGAGGUUACUAGGCGAAAGCAUACAAUCCUCAACAUUUCGAGUUACCCUGUGUACGAACACAUACUAAAGCUUGGUGGUGAGCGCCCGGAUGCCGUGUUACUCGACCUUGGCUAUUGUUUCGGUGUUGAUGCCAGAAAGGCUGCGGCGGAUGGUUUUCCUGCGGAAAAUGUCAUUGCUUCGAAUAUCAUCAACGAAUUCCUCGAGCUUGGCCACGAACUUUUCAGAACGACAUCAAAUUCGUAUCCGGGGUGCUUCUUUCCCGGAGAUGUUUUCGAUCCAGAAAUUCUUUCCAUAGCGGCGCAGCCGAACAACCCCCAACUAUCGAUUUGUCCUCAUUGA